CCGAAUACCCGAUUAAAAAUCUUUAAUGAUAGUGCAUUGUAAUUUUAUAGGCAUUAAGCAAGAAGUAUUAUAACUUUUACUUUUUACUUAGUAGUGCAUUUGCAAUUUUCAAUUUUGCAUUUGCAUUAUUAUCUGCCUUGUUGAUAGUAAAUUUGCAUUAGGGCUUAAAACAUCUUUCAUAGGUGCGCUCGUUCUCCUCGAAACUUGUAUUCGUUUUUUGUAUAUUUUUUUUCCAAAAUACAAAAUACACUGUAAUAGCACAGAUUAUAUGAUAUAUAUAUAAUCUGUGGUAAUAGCUGUUUUUAUUGCUUUAAUAUUCGAAAAAUAUUAUCAUAGAAUACAAUGUUGACAAUAUACCGAUUAUGUGUUCUUACUAUUUCCUAGAAGUCACAUUAAGUGUUCUCGACAGAAAAGGGGACAACGUGGACGUGAAUAACGGAAAAUUUUCAUUUUACAUUAAGGAAGCGCUUAAAGAAGUUUUUGGCCAGUUUGGAUCAAGUGUCAACUUUGAUGUACUAAAGUUUGAAGCUGGAAAAGGCAUAAUUCGGUGUCCAUCUACCUUUUACGUAAAAUUUCGAGGAGCGCUUACUUUGUUUGGACGUUACAAUUCAAAUAUUGUUGCAUUUAACGUCCAUCGUGCUUCACCGUGUUUAAUAUCAUUCAUCACUGAAGACACCACUUAUAAACAUGUCACAAAUAAUUAAAGAUGGUAAAGACACAAUUAUAUUUGCCACAAAAGAAGAUCAUCAGUCACCUAGUAAAGUCAUAUUAUCACCUCCAGAACCUUCACCUGGUCUUAUUUUUCCUGAUGGCUCCAUAAACUGGAAUUGUCCAUGUUUAGGAGGAAUGGCAACUGGACCUUGUGGGGUUGAAUUUAGAGAAUCAUUUACGUGUUUUCAUUAUAGUCAAGAAGAACCUAAAGGUAUGGAAUGUAGGGAAAAGUUCACAGCUAUGUGGGCAUGCAUGGACCAAUAUCCAGAAGUAUAUUCAGAAGGUUUAAAAGAUGAUGAAGAAUUUUUAAAUGCAGAAGAAAAAGCUGGUGAAACUGUGAAAAAUGAAAAAACGAAUUCAUAAUACUUGUUGUUAAACUGUUCCGUUUUAGAAAUUUUUUUUCGUUUUAAAUAGAUGUUUUAGAUAUUAAAUUUA